AUGCCAAAGAGAAAAAAUGAAACAUCGGCUUCUGCUACUGUUUCAAAAAAUCGUCAUAAAAAGAAAUACAAGGUAUCGUCUAGUUCGAUAGAAUUAGAUGAAGAAGAAAAUUAUGAUGAAGCUGUUUUUAUUCCAAAUCCAGAUAGUUCUGGCGAAUCUGAUGGUGAUGAUUCACGUUACGAAAAUGAAGAUUUUGAUGAUUCUGAAAAUGAAGUCGAAGAGUUUUUUCCAAGUUCAUCUUAUAGAAAAGUUCUCCAAGGAUAUGAACCUUCCCAGAAAAAACUUGAAGAUGACCAUCAAUUUGUUUGGGUUGACGGAGAAAAGAAAUAUCAUUCUAAUCUGAAAAUGAAAUAUUACUAUAUCAAACAAUAUAUAAUCGAAGCUACUAAAAUAAAUGGAUAUGAUCUGACUCCGGAAAAAUUGAAUGCAUUUUUAGGUAUAUUAAUAUUUACCAUGUUCAACAAACGUUUAUCCCAAAGAGAUUAUUGGUCAAAAGAUCCUUUUCUUGGAUGUGCUUUAGUACCUAAUGUUAUGAGUCGCGAUGAAUUUGAGGAGAUAAAGUCAAAGCUCAAGUUGUCCAAACCAGAAGACGAAGAUUCUAACGAUAGAGUCUGGCGUGUUCGAUCUGUUUUCAACAUUUUUAGGAAAAAUCUUCUUAUUUUUGGAGUUUUUGCAACGGCUCUUUCGAUCGACGAAAUGAUGCUAAAAUUUUUUGGAAAAACUGUGUUGAAGCAAUUCAUCAAAUCAAAGCCCAUUAGAUUUGGUAUCAAACUAUGGGCUUUAUGUAGUGCAAACGGGUAUGUGUUUGACUGUGACAUAUACUGCGGAAAAAACUCUGAAAAUAAUGAUUUUUUACCAAAAUGUGCAUUAGGCAGCCGUGUUGUCAUGCAAAUGUUGCAAAAUGUUUUGGAAAAUAUAUCAAUUAAAAAGCUGAUACAUCUACACAAAAUUGGAAUACAAGCAACAGGCACGGUUCGAGAAAAUCGUAUCAAUGUAAAAAACAACGUUGACAAAAAAGAUAAUAGAGGUACAUAUGCAGUCAAACAUGAUACAGAAAGUGGUAUCAACUUUAUAACUGUUGUAGAUUCUAAGCCAGUUUCUAUUUUGUCAACUGCCGCAGGUGUUACUCCUCUUUCUAUAGUAAAACGUUUUGACAAGGAACAAAAGCAGAAAUCUGACAUAUCAUUCCCCCAUGCAUUUUCGGUGUAUAACAAAUUUAUGGGCGGAGUUGAUAUUCAUGACCAGCGAUGUAAUAAGGUUGUGCCUAUUGUGCGUUCGAAAAAAUGGACUUGGAUUAUACUCAUGAGAAUGAUUCAAUCAAGCAUCACCAAUUCUGUAGUUUUGAGAGACUUGACCGAUUCAGAAGAUAAAAAACACUCUACAAAAAGCUUUGCACUUUCAUUAGCUAAACAUUACAUGGCGAAGAAGGAUUUCAAAGGACAUAAGUGGGUACGUAGCCGCGACGUACCAGCUACGUACCAGAAUCGUCUCACAUACAUCGCGGGAACGUUCCUGCUAAGGAUUGCUACCACGAAACAUAUCAGCCACGUUUCUGGUACGUACCCAAAGUCUCGAUCCGGCCACGUGACCGCCACCUCCUGGGCCAUCUUCUCGGUACGUACCAAGAACGACACUUUUGCCACGAAAGUGGACAUUGGCAUCCAAGCAGGUUACCAAAAAACUCCUAUCUAA